UCGUCGCUGUGAAAAUGUCAGCUCAAUGGUGGUGAUUCACACUCUGCUUGUUUUGCGCGAGCGUCAAUCGGCUACACGUUCUGUGUUACAAUUGACUGCAAUUUGACCACCUUCUGCUCGAGCUGCGAGCAGGGUGAUGGAGGAACCACUGAGUCAAGGUGCCUCACCGUCUAGCGAUGGCAACUUUUCAGCAGGCGGUGGCAGGGAAAUCAAUUCGACUACGGUAGUUAGUCUAGAUGAGAGGAUAUUAGAUAUCACAUCACGGCAUUCCUUAAAUGUUCUUAGAACACCUCCGACCAAAAAGGCAAAGAGAGUUCGAUUCUUCCGCAAUGGAGACAAAUAUUACACAGGUGUAGUGAUGGCAGUGACACCUGAAAGAUAUCGUAGCUUCGAUAGUCUCGCGUCCGAUCUAACUCGUGCUCUAGUAUCGAGCGUGACCCUGCCAAAUGGAGUACGAGCGAUAUAUACCAUGGAUGGUCGUAAGGUACAAAGUGUCAGCGAUCUGGAGGAUGGCAAGUGUUACGUGGUAUCUGGCCAGGGCGAAAUCUUCAAAAAAGUCGAAUAUUCAGCGUCUAAGGUCCGUCGUGGCAGCUCGCUAUCUGGAUUACCACAAUCGCCAGCAGCUAGUAGUGGUGGCGGUGGUACCGGCAGGCAGACCAGCGCCAUUCCGUUGUGCGUGAAAGCGCGCAUCGUGACGCUGAUCCGCCACGGUACCAAGCCACGUAAGGUGAUGCGGCUAUUGUUGAACAAACGCAACGCGCCGAGUCUUGAACAUGCAAUGGAAGCGAUUACAGAAGCUGUAAAACUGGACACCGGAGCGGUGAGAAAGGUGUACACAUUGUCAGGUCAGCAAGUUACUUCGCUCGAGCAAUUCUUCGAGAAUGAUGAUAUCUUUGUGGCUUACGGCCCAGAGAAGUCCGUACAGGAAGAUUUUGAGCUGGACUUUGAGGAGAGCAAGUGCGUGCAGAGCUUCCGUCGUUGUCCAUGGAAUUCUAAGCGACAAAGUGGUCCAAUGCCGCGAAUGCCGAGAAAGUCUGGUAAAAAGACACUCACUACGCCACAAGUCAGGACUCCGAGUCCAUCAUCUUUGAUACUGCCACAGCCUCUGAGAAUGCAUUAUACCGUGGGACAUAUAAUUGGAGAUGGAAACUUUGCUGUUGUUAGACAUUGCACCCACAAAUCUAGUGGUGCUGAAUAUGCUAUGAAAAUUGUGGAUAAGUAUAAGUGUCAAGGAAAGGAGACAAUGUUAGCAAGCGAGGUAGCGAUACUAAGACAGGUUUGUCAUCCCAACAUAAUCAGCUUGAUUGCGGAACAAGAUACUGCCGAUCAACUAUUUUUAGUCAUGGAACUCGUUAAGGGUGGAGAUCUAUUCGAUGCAAUUGCAGUGGCGACAAAAUUCUCCGAAUUAGAGGCGAGUGUGAUGAUUAGUCACUUGACUUCUGCCUUGGCUUAUUUACAUUCGCAUCAUAUUGUACAUCGCGACGUAAAGCCGGAAAAUCUCCUGGUUGAAUUAGAUGGUAGUCAUGUUAGGUGUUUGAAAUUGGGUGACUUUGGACUUGCGCAGAUAGUGCGAGAACCUUUAUACACAGUCUGUGGUACACCUACUUAUGUAGCACCGGAAAUCCUCGCUGAAACCGGAUAUGGUUUAAAGAUUGAUGUAUGGGCGGCUGGAGUAAUCCUAUAUAUUCUCCUGUGUGGUUUCCCUCCAUUCGUAUCGGUAGAUAACGAACAAGAGGAAUUGUUCGAGCGUAUCUUGAGCGGUCAAUACGAAUUUACAUCGCCGUAUUGGGAUACGAUAUCAGAUUCUGCGAAGCAGCUCAUCUCGAACAUGUUGCAGGCACAGCCAGAACUUCGUUUUAGUGCAGAGGACGUACUAGAUCAUUCGUGGCUCGCGAGCUUUCUAGGAGGCGAGCAGACCGCAGCAACAGCACCCGACACACCGGCGGAGCAAUACUGGAAUCAGCAGUGUAAGCCGAUAAGAAUGGCCACCUUCGAGUUCGACUUCAAGAAGCAGCGCAAUCAACGACAGGAUGACGAUACCAAGAUAAGAGCCGAGUGGAAAAAUAAUAUUGAUUAUUGUGAUGUACCGCAAUUUAUCGAUGCAGAGAGAAAAUUAGAUGAGCGAAAUCACGAUGAAAUCGAUUUUGCCAAUGGCAAUAGCAAUGAAAAUAAUUUAGUAAUUCUUAGUUCUGACUACUUGAAAGAUAUCAAUAGUUUGAGCCGAUCAAUGCAUGAUUUAAUAGACAAUUUGAAUGAUAAUAAAAUACCACGACGUCGUCUCAAAUCGCAAAGUGCUACUUCGUCGCUCAAUAGCAUUCCAGAGAAUUUGAACGUAUAUAAUUAUCGCAGCAAUUCACCGAUUCGUUGUAACGAAAUUGCUGAGAAAACAGUCGUAAUUUCUACGAAUCAUCGAGGCGAUCAGAAAAACGGAAACUCGUCGAAAGAACCAAGAUAUCUUCACUUGAAUUGUGAAACGGCGAAAUCAACGAAUAAAUCUGUCGUCAUGAAUCGGCGAAGUAAAUGCAAUCAAAAGAACUUGUAUGAGGUGAAUCGCGAAAACAGAUUCGACAGCAAUGACUUCCGUAACAGCAAUGCAACUGCGUCAACGUCGAGUGACAGUCUGACUGGCAACAGUUCCACUGGUAACGACAUUGAGACUUCUGACAGUUUUGUAAACAUUCAAUUCGCACGAUUGGCACGUGGGCAAAGAUCGAGCUCAACGCAAAGCAUGGAGUCGACUGAUAGCUUUGAGAACGUGAGUUUCCGGUAUACAAAUCAGAACAACUGUCCCAAGAAUCAUUCUUCACAGAUUUCUUCGAAGCUAGAGAAUAAUCAGGAUCAGAAUACGUCCCCCACAAGAGGGAUACUGCAGUCCCAAAUAGCUGUAUGGAAUACAUUGAAGUUACCUAAAUCAUUAAAUAAUGAGAUCGAUAAAAAGAAUUGCAAUAAUCCGUUCCGUAGAGUUAAAGAAAUAGGCAAAUGCGCAAAGAAUGAGCCAGUGAAGCUGCGACAUGAAAGAUACAAUACUAGGAAGAGUCAAAUAGACUCGAGAAAUGCCAAGAGCAAAAGAUAUAGCUGUUUUUCUCCAUGCACAACGAAGAGAUCAUCCGAGGAAGUGGGCAACAGCGGCAGUGACGAUAAAGUCGCGACGCGGAAGUUUAGUUCAACGGACGAAUUGCGCGACGAAGUAAGACAGAAACCGCUACCACGGACGAAGCGAUUCAGUCUGUAUUAUACACCGCAGCCGUUGAGGAAGACAUACGAAAACGAACCGAAAAUCGGAAGAAUCACGUACAAGUCAACAGGUCAUACACAGAGAUCUGAGAUGAGCAAAGGAAAAAACGAAGAGGAGAUGGAAAGAAUAGAUAGGAGCCGAAGAUCAGUGAUGGACGCCUCAACGAUCGCUAGCAGGAGUAAAUCCAAUAGGCAAAAUGUUCACAUGAGAUCAAGUGGCGUAUUGAACACAACCAGGACGAAGUGAUUUGAAAUUGUGUGGAUGAUGCACGCCUAAUUCACGCAUCAAAACGACGAAAUCCAAAGUCUAAGCGCUUUAAGAAUGAGACAAUUGCGAUUUUUAUUAACACUGCACUGGUUAAAAUCCAUUAAGUUGGUUGACAAUUUUUUUUUGUGCAAAGCGAUUGAAAAG